UCCCAGCUCCGUUUGGAAGCGUUAGGGGCUGUAGUGUUUGGUAGUGUUAGAGAGCUAAUCUAUGAAAAAACAGUUUGGACUUUCCCAUCUAUGUGGCAUUGCUCUAUUCCUAGAGAUAAGUUCUCUUGGCUGAAACAUGAUCCAGUCAGAUUAUAUAAGUCUGGGUGGAGGAGCUGGGGACUUUGGUUGGCACAGAUCUUUGUUAGCUAGUUAGAGACGGGCAAGCAGGAGCAAUGGCCUUGUUGAAAGCAUGCAGUGUCUUGGUGACCGGAUCCAAUCGGGGCAUUGGUUUGGAGAUGGUCAGGCAGCUGCUUGAGAAAAAUAACCGCCCAGAAAAGAUUUUUGCCACCUGCCGGGACCCAAAAGGACCAGGUGCCCAGAACUUGAGGGAUUUGGUUGCGAAGCACCAGGAAGUGGAGAUCCUCCAGUUGGACACUUCUGAUCCAUCCAGUAUCAAGAAUGCUUCUGCCAGAGUUAGUGAGCGGCUGAAAGGAAGUGGACUGAACCUGUUGGUAAACAAUGCCGCCAUUUUAAACCUAGGCACUCUGGACUCAGAGACACCAGAAGGCAUGGCUGAGGUGUACAAAACCAAUGUGACUGGGCCUCUGAUGGCAAGCCAGGCAUUUCUGCCCUUGCUGAAGAAGGCAGCUCAGGAUAACCCUCAGAAAGGGAUGAGCUGCAGUAAAGCUGCCAUUGUCAACAUCUCCAGUGAAGGUGGCUCCAUCACCAACGUCUUAAUGUGGCAUCUUGUACAGGCUCUAUCUUACCGUUGUAGUAAGGCUGCUCUGAACAUGCUCACAAAGUGCCAGUCGAUGGGAUACGCAGCAGAUGAGAUCCUGUGCAUUGCUGUGCAUCCGGGAUGGGUGCAGACUGACAUGGGAAAUUCAGCAUCGACCCAGGCUCCGCUGACAGUGGAUGUGAGUGUGCGAGGGAUCCUGAAUACCCUUGGCCACCUCUCAGAGAAAGACAAUGGCACUUUUGUGAAUUGGGAGGGGAAAGUCGUUCCUUGGUGAGACACUCAGCUUUGCUUGCUUCCACUGGAGAAGGAGCCAUGUUCCUGUUGGUGGUGCAAAAGCCCAACUCGCCAUGUAGUAUUGUUUUGAUUACGUUCUCAUCAAUAAAUACACAUUUCUUUUUUGGAAA